CCUUACCCGUCCCGACCGCUUCAAUGGCACCGACGGUCCUGCGUUAUUCUUCACUUUCUGCUUCCUCAUCUCCCACCAUCAUUCUACAAGGACAUCCAACCCUCCCUCUGCUAUAUAUACUUCACUCGACAACCUCUUACUCCACAUCCAUGAACGACCAAGUAAGCCACUUCUAAAGAAACCGGCUCAGAGAAUCAUGCCAUACAUCAAUUUCGACGGCGACUGGGAUCCCACCGCCAGUCUAGCCGAGCAGGCUAAGAGGCUGGUAACAGACCGCCUGUGUCGGGGAAUCACCCUUGGACAGCUGCUGGACGACCAGCGUGAAUGCCUGCGAGGAAGCCCAACAAAAACAAUGCUGUGGUUGUUCCACAUGUUCAUGAUCAGAGAGAUCAAGAACCGAUUCGACAUGGCCAGGCCCGAAUAAGGUGUAGGCGACGGGCAG